AUGCCCCGGGAAUGCUAUCAGGGCGCUACACCGUCCACCUGCGAGGAAUCUGGCCGCACUUAUUGGACCGCCACUCUGACUCAGACCUUCCAGUCCCCCUGCAAUUCCUUCCCCCGAGGGCCUGUCUGCUGGUCUUACCUGGCCCAGGCCGGGUCAUCCGAUGGCAGAGAUGCCCAAGACACUACCCUCCACAAAGUUGCGGCAACCCGGAUUUCUGCGAUAGCUCGGGCCGCUCUGCCCCGGCCCCGCUACCGGCGCCUGAACCUCACCUCUUUGCGCCGGCCACCACUCCUUGGCUCCCCGGACUUCACUUCACACCUCCUCAAUACAUCUUACCAGUUUUGGCUCAACUCCACUUCUCUCCCUAUUGGUUCCCCCUGUUGGAUUUGUCUGCCCCUUAUCCGUUCAGCUUUCUUUGGAAUACCCGUUCCACCCAACUGGCCCUUCCACAACUCCACCAACACUUCUGCCUCAAUAGUCACCGAACCCAUCGGCGAUCCUGUCCCGCUGGCUCCGCUGGCUCCGGCCACAAACCUCACCUGUUACCUACCCCCUGGCCUCACCCAGGCUCCCGACCCCCGCUGCCAGAGCUUUUCUGCACCUUUACCCUUCUGUACUCCUCCCGGCAUAUUUCUCUUCUGUGACGGAGGCCACCCAUACAGGUGUCGGGACGCACAUCACAAUGGAAGUGGCUGCAUCCUCACUUUCAUUUCUCCUUCUGCCGCCGUGUUCACUGACGCUGAAUUCCAGUCGCAGGUCUUUCCUUCCCUUCGCACCCAUCGGGCAGCUUUCAUCCCUUUCCUCAUAGGUGCUGGCAUCUUUACAGGGGUCGCCGCCGGUGCCUCUGGCCUUGGGACUUCCAUAGACUUUUACUACAAACUUUCUCAAGAACUCAAUGAUGACAUGGAGCGGGUCGCAGACUCACUGGUGUCACUCCAGACCCAACUCUCCAGCCUGGCAGCAGUUGCUCUCCAGAACAGGUGGGCCCUAGACCUGCUCAUGGCCGAAAAAGGUGGAACCUGUCUCUUCCUCCAAGAAGAAUGUUGCUACUACAUAAACCAGUCUGGGAUCCUCGCCACCAAGGUCCGUGAGCUCCGGGAUCGCAUACAGCACCGCCGUGAGGAGCUCGCCUCCUGGGGGUUUGGCUCUCAGUCCUGGACUUCCUGGCUCCUCCCUUUGGCGGGUCCCUUACUCUCCAUUUUUCUCCUAGCCACCAUUGGCCUGUGCAUCCUCAAUGCCCUUGUCCGCUUCAUCGAAAAUACUGUCUCCCGUCUGACCACCGCCCGCAUCCUAGCGCUACGGGGUUACCGCCCUCUCAGUUUAAAUGAUGAUCUUCAGGGUUCCCCUUCUGAUCAUCAACAGGGGGGACAUGUUGGGACAGUUUUUUCCCCAGCAAACCCCCACUAA